AGUGACACUCGUAUUGGCCAAUGGCUCUUUGCUCAAAGACAUAUUGUGGGCGUGGUUGGGUUAGUAUUUACAUUUUGUUUAUGUCUACAGAGUAAAGCAAGACUCCAGAAAGCCUGUGCUAGAGCAUGAUCCCGUCAUCGGUUGUUGGAAUAUUAAAACACAACGCGUCCAGGGUAAUGAUCAGCAGAUGAGCCCAUCUGAGCUGUAAAGUCACUCGUUAACAGACGGAUACUUCCUUUCUAAUUUCAAGGAAUGGAUGCAACUCAGGUGAUCAAUGACUCGAUCUUAGAGUCAGAGGAGGAGGAAAGUGAAGAGGAGACCGAAAAUGAAAGGAGGAAGCCAUUGGCCAAACUGUGCAUCUUAAAUAAUCCACACAUCCCUGAGAAAGAGUUGCCCCUCUUCCUGGGAGAUAAUUUCCUGGGUCGUGACCCAAAUCUUUGCACACUACAGUUUUUGGCACCAUCUGUGUCCAAGCAGCAUGCUGCCAUCAGCAUCUCUGUUCACCGGAGAAGAGGCCGUGUGCAUGAAGUGGACAUGGAGGCCCUGGUUUGGGACCUAAAGAGCAUGAAUGGGACCCGUAAGGGACGCCUAAAGCUGACCCCUAACGUGCGCUAUGCCCUCAGUGAGGGCGACAGCUUGGUUUUGGGGGACAUCCCAUGUCGGUAUGUGAGCUCCGGGGUGGACUCCCCUUCUUCCCUUGGUGACGUGGAGACUCCAAGACAAUCGGAAGCAAACGCCAGAUUGUCUGCUUGGGAUGACGUUGACACAGGAAGCAAGAAAUGUGUCAGUGGUGGCACAAAGGCUAAGAGGACUCCUGUCGCAGGCGGUUGCCUCUCAUUUGAGAAAACUCCAGUGCAGCCACAGGGGAGCUUGGUGCCAGAAUCUGAAUCUGAUUCUGACUCAGAGAGCGAAAGAGAAGGGAGAGGAAACAGAAAAACGAAGGCUGUUGUGUCUGAUUCAGACUCCCACAAAUCCAGUCUGAACAAUUCUGCAUUCGUAAGCCCUCUGAGCAAAGUCAUUCCUGAAAGUGAAGACGAAAGCUCCAUCACACAGUCGUCCUCCAGCAGAAAUGGGUCAAGCAGACGCAUCAGUUUCAGCUUGGAGAAGACGGAUGUUGACCUGGAGAAAAACAAGUCACCCGUGCUUGUGAAAAGGGAAGGCGGUAAAAGUCCUACAGAAAGCGGUGAAUCACUCAGGUCGCCGCUGCAGGUCUCCAGAGACGCCGUCCCUGAAUUUAACCUGGACAGUGACACGGAUGUGGAGGGAGGAGAGGAAGAGGAGGCACCUGCUGGGAAAAGUAAUCAACGCCCAAACACAGUUCUGCCACACAUAGACAGCGACACUGAUGUUGAUGAAGAUGUCUCAGAUAAAACUCCAAGAACGUCGUCUUUAAAUGAUGAAGCAACAAAAUGUUCUCCUGCUGCUUUUGGUAUUCAGCUUGAGGGCAUCACAGUGGAGAGUGACACUGAUGUGGAUGAUGAUGAUGAUGCUAACGUCACAUCCAAAGCUAGGUUACCUCAGGGUGCGCAUAGUGCCGACUCCGCCCCUUCAGUACAGUCUGGAGAUUUCCACUUGGACAGGGACACGGAUGUGGAUGAGGAAGAGGAGGCUGGGAAACGGGGAAAUCCCAAAACAGACGAAACACUCAGUGAAAAAUCUGGUAAACCUCUUUCUCCUCACAGUCUGCAUCCAGACAGUGACGCCUGUGAUAAGGAGGUGGCUGCAGCUGGUUUGGAUAUUUUGUCCGAAAGUGAUACGGACCUGGAGGAAGACUCACUUCCCGCUGUCCCUGCUGCUGCAGCAGACCUGCCUGUGUCGUCUGCUGCAGCAGCAGGAGCUCCAGAAUCUGAUGCAGACACAGAUGUUGAUGAACCUGUUGCACCCCGAGCCGCAGACGAGAGCAAACCAGCUGACCUUAGGAUGGAAAGUGAUACAGACGUGGAGGAUGAGGAGGCAAAUCCUGGGGAGGAAGAGGAGGGCCGACAGAGAGAAAAUGCUCUUCGGCAGAACUGUUCUACUCCUGUUCAAGUUUCAGAAGGAGAAGUUGAGCAGAUGGAAACUCAGGCCUUCACAAUCCCCACUUCUCAUCCACCUAGAUAUGCUGUACCUUCCUCCUUAAGACCAGCACUAAUGUCUUCUUGCUCAGACAGUCAGGAAGAUGAAGACUAUGCUGUGGCUGAGACCCAGUCUUUCAUUCUUCAGACAAGAAGUUGCCACAAAGGCUUGAAUCCAAACCGAGCCUCCGUUCUCGAGUCCUCUGCUGUCAAACCAGAGGACCGGUACAACAGAGAUGAUUCUUUCCAGCUGGGACUGUCUGACAGCAGCCACCUGCAGGGUGAGGCCAGGGAGAACGCCCGAGCUUAUGCCACAGUCGAUGGUGGAGUAGACAUGGAGGAUACUCAGGACUAUGAGGAAAGUGCAGAGAAUGACUCCAACCUGGAGGCCACGCAGCCCUACGAGGUGGAGCCUCACAGAUCUUCGUCUAGAAAAGAAACGUGUGUUGAUUUGACUAUGGAAGCAACUCAGGCUUAUAUCCAAGAGCCAUACGAUGAAGGUUCAGAUGAAGAUGAGGGACUGAACUCUGCCAGGACUGAAAGUGUGACUUCAUCUGCACUUGCUAUGGCUGAAACCCAGCCAAUGUUCUCUUUUGCGGAGGAUAAUGAGCCAGAUUGUUCCUCAGAACCGGUUAAGAAUGAAACAAAGAGGCACGUCGCUGAUUCUGAAUCGGUAGCGGAAACACAGCCCAUGUUUACAAGCGACAACGAGGAGAGCGGCAAUGAAGAGUUAACAGCGGUGUCCCUGAAGUCUGCAAAGGAGCAGAAACAUCCACGGACUUCUUCACCUUUAUGCCUCGCUGAAACCCAACCCGUGCGUCUGAGCGACGACGAGGAGAGCGGCGAAGAGUUGUCAGCGGAGUCCCUGCGACCUUCAAAAGUGGAGACGCACCCAAACACUGAUGCGGCUUUGCCGCUUGCUGAAACCCAGCGACUGCAUGUCGGCGCUGACGAAACUGAGCCGAAGGAUUCAUGUGGAGAUCAUGAAAAUAACUCUGAGAUCCUUCUUCCACGGAAAAGAAAAGCGAAGCAGCUUCAUAUUGACGAAGAGGAGUCACAGCAGCGCACAGAUUCUGGUGAAACGCAGCCUUUGACUCCAGGUGAGGAUGAUGACGAUUCGAUGCCAAGCUUGCGGAAAAGGAAAGCAAAGCCGCUGCAACUGGAAGACGAGACACAAUCACUUGUUGGUUCUCAAGUCUUUGCAGAUGGAUCUCGGCGUUCUCUUACAUGCGAGGAAGAACAAAGCAGCCAAGACUUUAUCUCCACCCGAAAAAGGAAAGCGAAGCAGCUGCACAUUGAAGAUGAGCAGACCCAGCCUCUGAUAAGUUGUGAAGAUGAAGACAUCCUACCAGAAAAGGAGACGAAAGCUCUUCCUCUCACUGCUGCUGGAGUUCCUCCUGCUGAAGUUCAGGCAGAAGGGAGGGAUGGAAAAAGGGAUGGCGAUGAAUCCAUCACAUAUCCAAGAAAAAGAAAGGAAAAGCGGCUUCAUCUUGAGGAAGAGGAGAUGCAGCCGGUCUCAGCUUCUGAAUCUCAGAGAAAAACCGACGAGACGAAAGUUUCACCAAGUACCAAAGAAGCAGGAGGACAAACAAAGACUAAGGAUGACAACAUUCAGCAGGAAGUGAAGGCGGUUAAUAAAAAAACAAGAGGGAGAAGAACUACAAGAAAAUGGGAAGAACAAGAUGGGGACAAAAACAAGACAGCUGAAAAUGAGAAUCAGAUGAAGUUGCAAAGACGUGGGAAACUCAGAGGAGAACCAGAAAGACACAACAAGAGGGAAGAGCUGAUGAAUGAAGGGACAUCCAAGCCUCAUCUUGAGGACGAGACAAAGCUGGUCACAGCUUCUGAAUCUCAGAGAAGAAUCGACGGGACGAAAAAGGAAAGCAAAGCCGCUGCAGCUGGUACCAAAGAAACAGGAGAACAAACCAAGAACAAGGAUGAGAGUGACCAGCAGGAAGAGAAUGUGGUUAAUCAGCAGACAAGAAGGAGAAGAACUACAAGAAAACAAGAACAAGACGAGGACAAAAACAAGAGCCAGACAAAGGAGCAAAGAGACGGGAAACUUAGAGAAUACAAAGAAGAAACAGAACGACACAAGGAGAAGGAAGAGCUGAAUAACGAAGAGACAUCCAAGUCUCAUCUUCAGGACGAGAUGCAGCCAGUCACGGUUUCUGAAGUCUCUCCAGCGAAUACUCUGAAAAAAAACGAUGUGUUUGAUGCAUCCAGCAUUUCGAGUUCAAUGGAAACUCGAUUAGGAGAAGAAGAAGAAAAGGCACAAUGUUCUUCACGUCAAAAUAGACAGACAAAGACUGAAAAUAAACCGUUACCAAGCACCAGAGGACGGAGAGGCAAAACCAAAUCUGAGGAUGACGACAAUCAGGAAGAGGUGAAGGCGGCUAAUCAACGAUCCAGAGGGAGAAGAAGUACCAAGAAACAGGAUGAUGAUGAUGAAAGACAAAGAAGCGAUGAAAAUAAGAGCCAGAUAAAGGAGGAAGGAGACAAGGAAGAGAGAGAACAUGUGGAGACAGAGAGACGCAAUGAGAGGGAAGGAAAAUCAAAAGGAAAACACAGAUUAAAGGAGACGAGAUCAGGAGGUGAAGUAGAAGAAGAAAAGGGAACAAGUGUGGAAACAACAAAGACGGACCAAGAACACCUUGCAAGACUGGAGAAAGAAAAACAGCCCAAAGAAUCACAAGAAGACAAGAACGGAGAGGAGAACCCCAAAGGUUCUGCAAGAGUGCGAAGAGCUGCAAGAAGAACAACCACAGCGGUGUGUGAAGCCUCGAGCGAGGAUGUCCUGGCAAGGAGAACCCGAUCCCGCUCCAACUCCCUCAGCUCAGAGCGGUCGGUCUCCUCCGUCAACGACAACACCCCGGAUAACAAAGGAAGAGGAAGAGGAGCGAAGAGGAGCAGCGAAGUCUCCCAGACGGAUACUGUGAGAAGCAACCGCCGAAGGACGACGACAGCGACCGCAGCGGAGCCGGACGCUGAAGCUCAGGCGGUCAGUGCGACCUCUAAGGUCUCCAGAGGAAGACCACAAGGAAGAGGGAGGAAGACCUUGUCUCUGCCCGAUGUUGUGAUUAAAGAAAAUGAAGAGAAAGCCACUGAGGUUCUGCAGCAAGAUGAGAAAAGGAAAACAGACCCUAAGCUUGCUGGUACCAGUAGGGGGCAGCGGCGAGUCACUGCCAAUUGUUCUGAAGCUUUAGUUUUAAAGGAUGAGGGCCUUCAGUCAAAUCAGGAAAAGACGUCUGCUGAUCUAACAUCCCCUCUGCCCAAGAGGAACAUGAGGGACAGGAGCGCAAAAACUGUAAAGACCGAGCCUGUGGAGGAAACGGAGACUCCCACAGCGACUGACGGUGACGAGGCCACAAACAAGAGAAAAGCAAAAACUAGUGAGGAAAAAACUAAAGUGGAUAGAGUCCAAAAAUCAACAGAAUCAGGAGGGAAAGAGGAGCAACAGGAAGAGAUUCCUGUUGGGAUACAGGGCAGGAGAACAAGCAGAGCCUCAAGCUCUCAGGUGAAGAAGAACGAAGAGCCGCCCCCUAAACAGGAAGUAAAAGAUGGAAAGAAGGCUGCAGCGGCGGGGGCUGCUGGGAAGAAAGCCAGGGGUCGAACAACCGUGGUCCAGAAAAAUAAAAACCAGGAGCUGCAGGAAACUCAGACGUCUGGUUCUUCCAUGGAGCCGGCUGGAAAGGAGAUUGAACCAGAGAUCUCGGCCGUGACUCCUCCCCAGAAGCGGCGGGUUUCCUCAAACUCCUCCCCCGCGGCUAAGACGCCGCGCUCCUCCUCUGCGUCUCCAGCUACGGUUAGCCGAGUGCGAGCCGGGAGCCAAGCCUACAAGGUUCUGUUCACAGGAGUGGUGGAUGAAGAUGGAGAGCAGGUGCUGGCUCGUCUAGGAGGCGCCAUGGCCAGAGGCGUCUCCGACAUGAACUGUCUCGUGACAGACAAAGUGCGAAGGACGGUCAAAUUCCUGUGCGCCGUGGCCAAAGGUGUCCCAGUCGUCACCACUCGGUGGCUGGAACAGAGCGGUAAAGCUGGGAGCUUCCUCUCUCCGCUUGCUUUUGUCGUGAACGAUCCGGAGCAGGAGAAGAAGUUCAGCUUCUCCCUGCAGGAGUCUCUGAGGACUGCCAGCAGUCAGCCUCUCCUCCAGGGAUAUGAGAUCCACGUCACGAAGUCUGUAAAGCCAGAACCGGUUCACAUGAAAGACAUCAUCACCUGCAGCGGCGCUACCUUCCUGACAAAGAUGCCCGCGGCUCACAAGCCUCGGACCGUGGUGAUCUCCUGCGAGGAGGACCUGCGGCUGUGUGGCCCCGCCGUGUCGGCGUCUCUUCCUGUCGUCACUGCCGAGUUUAUUCUCACAGGAAUCCUGCAGCAGAGAGUCGAUUUGCAGACUCACGCACUUUCUCCCUCUGCCACCAACCCGCAGCCUGCUGAGGGCAGAGGAAGAGGCCGAAAGAAGACUUAGCACACGAUAUCUCGCUGUGAACACGUUUGGGUUUGUGCGUCUCUUUGAGAUUAAAUGACAGACUUUCUGUCUGUGUGAAAAGUUAGGAAUGUAUUUACCAACAAAUGCAAACAAAUUUUCUAGGUACGUUGUUUUUGCGUCAGGUGAUAGUGUUUGUUUUCAACAUUUAGAACGAGCCCCUGGAGGCUGGACUCAUGAAGCAGAUUAGUUUCCGCCAUGAAGUUUGAUGUGUUUGAAUCAUGUGCAUGUGUGUGUGUGUGUGUGUGUGUGUGUGUGUAUGUGUGUGUGUGUGUGUGUGUGUGUUGAAGGCUCUUUAUUGAAAUCCAUCUGCUCCAGAUGUCUGUAGGUACAACAAGCUUGUUUCCUGUGCUGAUAAAAUGUGCAUAGUGCCUUUUAUACGUCAGAUGACCAUGUGCUCACCACUCUGUGUAUUGCUCCUGUCUCCAUUAAGCAGCUCCACUCCAUUAAGGCGUCAUUCAAUCUCAUCUCCUUCAGGGAGAGAUGCACACCAUGAUUUCCUCCUAGCUAUGAUGCUGCUGCAGCAGCAACAUUUCAUCCUGUUGGCCCAUCACACACCUUCACUACAUGUCAAACUCUUACUGGGUUUUUGCUGUACAUGGUCUUUUAAAGGUGAAAACAAAAGCUUGUCAUUUAUGCCUCGCAUGUGACUUGACAGAGAUUGUGUCAAAUCAUGAAAACAUUAAAGGUUUUGUAUAUGUUGGA